CACGCAUUACCAUCCAGCGUCCACGCGCAUUUUCUUCUAUUUCACGAACUACACAGUCUCUUCCUUCACCUAUUAUCACCAUAAUAUUGUGACUGCUUGUUGGCCUCGGCUUGCACAGACAAUAGCAAUAUACCCACCGGCGCCAUGACGUCCAACCAGGGUGGCAUUUCCGAUCCGGGCCUCAUUACGCUUGUCAACAAACUUCAAGAUGUCUUCACGACAGUUGGUGUGCAGAAUCCGAUUGAUCUGCCCCAGAUCGUUGUAGUGGGCAGUCAGUCCAGCGGAAAGAGCUCCGUGUUAGAGAACAUAGUCGGCCGCGACUUCUUACCUCGUGGCACUGGAAUUGUUACUCGACGACCCCUCGUUCUCCAGCUGAUAAACCGACAGCCGCCUGAGACGACAAAUGGAGUAAAGGGGGAGGAGGAGGUGUCGAACACAACCGAUAAGGAGGCAAAUGUGGACGAGUGGGGGGAGUUCUUGCACAUCCCAGGACAGAAAUUCCACGACUUCAACAAGAUCAGAGAGGAGAUCGUCAAAGAGACAGAGGCAAAGACUGGGCGCAAUGCCGGCAUUUCACCCGCGCCCAUCAACCUACGCAUAUACUCCCCAAAUGUCCUCACCCUCACGCUUGUCGAUCUGCCCGGUCUCACAAAGGUCCCAGUGGGUGAUCAACCCAGGGACAUCGAGCGUCAGAUCAGGGAGAUGGUUAUCAAACAAAUUAGCAAGCCAAAUGCGAUCAUCUUGGCCGUCACUGGUGCGAAUACCGAUUUGGCCAACUCCGACGGUCUCAAGCUUGCACGAGAAGUCGACCCUGAGGGACAACGAACGAUUGGUGUCCUCACCAAAGUCGAUCUUAUGGACGACGGCACCGAUGUUGUUGAUAUUUUGGCUGGCCGCAUUAUCCCACUCCGACUGGGUUACGUACCAGUUGUGAACAGAGGACAACGCGAUAUCGAUAACAAGAAGGCAAUCACAGCUGCGUUAGAAAACGAGAAGAACUUCUUCGAUAACCACAAGGCAUACCGGAACAAGAGCUCUUACUGCGGAACCCCUUAUUUGGCACGGAAGCUGAACCUCAUUCUGAUGAUGCACAUCAAGCAGACCCUCCCAGAUAUCAAGGCCCGCAUUUCCGCGUCUCUGCAGAAGUAUUCCACUGAGCUUCAAGGCCUUGGAGAUUCUAUGCUAGGCAACAGCGCCAAUAUUGUAUUGAACAUUAUUACGGAAUUUACGAACGAGUGGCGCACGGUCCUGGACGGGAACAACACGGAACUGUCCUCAGUGGAGCUUUCCGGUGGAGCGAGAAUCAGCUUCGUUUUCCACGAGCUCUACGCAAAUGGUGUCAAGGCAGUUGAUCCCUUUGAUCAGGUGAAGGAUAUUGACAUCAGAACCAUCCUGUACAACUCUUCAGGAUCGUCGCCUGCUCUAUUCGUGGGAACGACUGCCUUCGAGCUUAUUGUCAAGCAGCAGAUUAAGCGCUUAGAGGAGCCAAGUUUGAAGUGUGUUUCCCUAGUAUACGACGAGCUUGUUCGUAUCCUAUCUCAACUAUUGGGGAAGCAACUCUUCCGUCGUUAUCCUCAACUGAAGGAGAAGUUCCACGCUGUUGUUAUCGCAUUUUUCAAGAAAGCUAUGGAUCCGGCAAAUAAAUUAGUCAGGGAUUUAGUUUCCAUGGAGGCUUGUUACGUUAAUACCGGUCACCCAGACUUCCUGAAUGGACACAGGGCUAUGGCAAUCGUAAAUGAAAGGCACCAUCAAGCAAAACCGGUUCAAGUCGACCCAAAGACAGGCAAGCCACUUACUGCAGCUCAAGCUGCUGCCGCCCCUCAAAGAGCCGCAAGCCCGUCGCUGGAUGGCUCCACCGAUGCCAACGGGGGCUUCUUUGGUAGCUUUUUCGCGUCGAAGAGCAACAAGAAAAAGGCGGCUGCGAUGGAAGCUCCUCCACCAUCCCUGAAAGCAUCUGGGACGUUGUCAGAGCGUGAAACCGUUGAAGUCGAAGUUAUCAAAUUGCUCAUCAACUCCUAUUACAACAUCGUGAAGCGCACGGUUAUCGAUAUGGUUCCAAAGGCCAUUAUGCUAAACUUAGUCCAAUUCACAAAGGAUGAAAUGCAGCGUGAGCUCCUUGAGAAUAUGUAUCGCACCGACACCUUGGAUGAGCUUCUUAAGGAGAGCGAUUACACCGUUCGUCGGAGAAAGGAGUGUCAACAGAUGGUUGAAUCCCUUGCUCGUGCGAAUGAGAUCGUUUCCCAGGUCGGAUAAAUCCCAUGACAGACACCACAAUUUUCUUCGAGCUAUAACGCGAUGACGACAAAUCGACAACUAGAUAUUAGGCAACCGUCGAAUAACGCAAUCAACCGAGGCUGUUAAAAUGCCACAGCGUCUGCCGUGCUAAUGGUUGCCAACCAUUAGAUUUCAUUACUUGUCAAGUCGAUCUGAAAUGAUAGCUCGCUGCGUUGCCCCGAUACCCGCAAUUUCGCAACGCGUAAUGAGAUAAGAUGGCAGAUGGCAGGAGUGGAAUAUGGGGCUGGAGAUCUAUGCUUCUGUACUGGUGGUAAUACGGGGCAGGUAUGAUACGGGGCGUUGAAUAGCCAUUGCGAGUUGCUCAGUUGCAUUUUGUUGUUUCUUUUGCGAGUUUAAAGUACAUGCAGCGGGAAGUAGAUAGACGAGUCAGUGUAGAAUAGGCCUACCUAAUUCAUGAUCCAGUUAUGCUCUUGC